AGCGGCAUAAUUUUUUGACAGGUUCUCUUAUGACACGCAAGUAGCGCGGCUUAUUUUUCUCAUUUUAUGAAAUUAAUAUAAUUUAAGGACUUAAUCGUUCAAUAUUUUAACGAAAUUUAUUCAACAACGUAAGAAAUAUGGCAGAGGUACCAGAAGUGACAACAUCGUCUGCCACUGAGCUGUUGGCUACUGGCCGCAGACAUCUCGCAGUGAGAGACUACACAGCGGCCGCGGAGUCCCUUAGUCUUGCAUGUGAGCAGCUCGCGCAGGAAUAUGGGGAGCAAGGGGACCAGUGUGCUGAAGCUUAUUUUUGGUAUGGCAAAGCUCUGUUAGGGCUAUCUCGUGAAGAGAGUGGUGUGUUGGGAGAUGCUGUACCAGGUGCUAAUACUGAGGAUGGUGAUAAUGAAGAACAAGAGGACGAAAAUGGAGAAACAGAAGCUGAGAAGGCUGAAGAAAAUGGAGACACUGAGAAGAACGAACCAGAAUCAACAACCAAGGAAGAUGAGCCUGGAAGCAGCACUGCAGAAGCGCAAUCUAGUGUAGAACCAGGCACAACCACAAAUGGCGAUGAAGGCGGAGAUGAAGAAGAAAAUCAAGAUGGUGAAGACAACUUGCAGCUCGCCUGGGAGAUGCUGGAAUUGGCGCGCAUAAUAUUCGACAGCCGCGUAACGAAGUGCGGCGACGCGGCGGCGCGCGCGCAGCUGGCGGACGCGCACCUGGCGCUGGGGGAGGUGGCGCUCGAGAGCGAGACCUACGACAAGGCUGUGCUGGACAUGCAGAGAUGCCUCGAGAUCCAGAAAGAGUUGUAUCGCAGUGACGACAGGAGGAUAGCUGAAACUCAUUAUCAAAUUGGCCUAGCAAAUUACCUCGCAUCGAACUUCGAAGAAGCCAUAACUCACUUCAAAAACGCCGCGAACAUUCUAGAAUCCCGCAUCAAGACAUUGGAGAACCCAGCGGCGGCCAGCGAAGACGUCACCGUCAAGAAAUAUUCCUCUGCAGACCCACAUUAUUCGAUCGAAGGAGAAAUCAAAGAGUUAAAGGACCUACUGCCCCAAAUUCAAGAGAAAAUCCAGGAUAUGAUGGAUUACAAAGCGGAGACAAUCAAGAGAGUUCGAGAAGCCCUCGGCGCGACCAACGGCGACGGGCCUUCUCUGUCAUCAUCGUCAUCAUCAUCCCACAGCAACGGCGCCGGCGCCAGCUCCUCGUCAUCUUCAGCCAAACCCGCCGCGGACAUCUCCCACCUCAUCAAGAGAAAAAGGAAGUCGAGCGAAAAUGAUGCUGAGUCGUCAGCACCUAAGAGGAUCAAUACGUGAAAUCGUUUUUUUUUUUUUUAAUUUAGACUAGGGAUCUGUCAGGAGAGUUGUUUUUAAAAUUUGAGCAUGUACCGUGUUCUUAUUUAUUUUGUUGAAAAAUUUGGAUUACAUCACUAAGUAAUUAAGUAAUAUUUUGUUAAUUUGUUUUGAAAAAUAUCUGAUCAAAUUAUAAGUGACAUGUAAUGGGAAACUGAUUUUCUAUAAUUUUUGCAUAAUAGAAUAGGUAUUAGCGAACAAAUUGCUCGCUGAUUAAAUCAUCCAACGAUCAUUUUUUAGUAGCAAAUCACAGUCGUAAAUAUAGUUCAUAAAUAAUAAUUUCUUGACAAGAGUAUUAUUUUAUGAGGAUAGACUAUAAUUUACAAUAAUAAAUAACUGCUUACUGACCAGAAUUAGAGCAAGCUACGAAGCAUUUCUACAUAGCAUCGAAAUUAUAAUUAGAGGACAAAUAAUUUUAUCUAAAUAAAUUUCUCAUAGGUUUAUUAGUAGUCCUGUUGUAGGUACCUAGUAUGUAAGUAACAAACUAGUAAACGUUUUAGUGGUUUUAAAAAUAAAAAAAUACACCCCAGUUAAUGUUACUUUAUGUUGUAAUUUAAUUGUAAGUUACUACGUUUAGUCGUUUAAUAAAAAAUAAUUUCUUAUA